AGGGCUCGGCAGCGGAUGUGGCGGAGCAGGAAGUGGAGGGAGCGGGCGGGCGGGCAAGGUGCAGAGUGAGGGAGCGGCGCCGGGACCUGGGUGGAGCGGUGAUGGCGUGCACAAUCGAGAAGGUGCUAGCUGAUGCAAAGUCCCUGGUGGAGCGACUGAAGGAUCAUCAUAAUGCAGCAGAGUCCCUCAUCGACCAGACCACCACCCUCAACAAGCGGGUGGAGAACAUGAAGGAAGUCGGGACUGGAAUCUCGGAUCGGAACCAGGAAGAUUUUGAAAAGUUGAAGAAGAUGGCCAGUUACAAACCGUACCCACUCCUUACUCAGGAGAACACACAGAUACGGGAUCUGAAGCAGGAAAAUAAAGAGCUGUGGCUUUCCCUGGAAGAGCACCGCUACGCUUUGGAACUCAUUAUGAGUAAAUACAGAAAGCAGAUGCUACACCUUCUUGCCGCUAAGAAACUGGAUAGUACACCAGUUACCAACUUGCACCAGGAGCAUUCCCAGGAGUUGCAAACUCACAUUGAACAGAUCUGUGACAUGGCCACAGUCAUGAGGAAAGCAGUACAAAUCGACGAUCCAGAAUAUUGCCAAAUUCAAGAGAAGAUAGCCCAGAUGGAGCUUGAAAAUAAAGAAUUACGGGAGCUUGUGUCAUUCAGCAAGGAAAUAGUUCUUAAGGAGAAUGUUGUUCAACUUCACUGUGAAAAGUAACUACAGGCUGUGCUGGAUGGACCCUGAAUCAGGUAGCUGCACUGACAGAACCAUUUGAAUGAUGUCUCCAACUGGUAACCUACUCUGUUACCACCAGUGCUGCUAAGACUGGAAUGGAGCUGGACAUUUCAACCAGAAGCUACUUUUUAAUUUUAAUGAGAUUUCUUGGUAGAACACUUCCACUUGCUUUGGAGAAGCUUUGAAUUUGUAGGUUGCCUUUUUCCCUUUACAGCUCUUCCAAUAUUGACAAUAGUUUUUUGCAAUAGCUGUCCAUUCCACACAUCGUCUUGUGUGGAAAAAAACAGCAAGAACUCAGCCACUGGAUUUCUUCAAACUCUGGAUUUGUUCCGUCAACUACCAACAAGACAAGGACCACAAGCUUGGCAAAUCCGCCUCUGCCUGCUUUUAAUUUCCAAAUGGUUCUCCAAAGAGAAAGAUUAUCUGCAACUUUAAUGCAUUGUAAUGAGAAAGAAAAGGUUAAAAAAGUGGGUCAUCUACUCUGACUUUAAUGCUGGUAACUUGAGUUUGAUUAAAAAUAUUGAUGAAGAGCAGUAUUGAUAGCUAGUUGGAAUUUUCUGAUGCAGUCACAUUGGCUUUACGCUCAUUGUGUCACCUAAUCUCAAUCAAAGUCCCUCUAUCCUUUGCCUCAAAAGGGAGAUGAUCUUGUCUCUUGUCCCAUUUUCUUAAUUUUAGAGUUGCAGCCUUAUAGCGCCAGAGACCCGGGUUCGACCCUGACUAUGGGUGCUGCAUGUUCGGAGUUUGUACGUUCCCCCUGUGACUGUGUGGGUUUUCUCUGGCUGCUCCUGUUACCUCCCACACUCAAAAAAAAAAAUACAGGUGUGUAGGUUAAUUGGCUUCGGUAAAAUUGUCCCUAGUGUGUAGGAUAGUGCUAGAGGAUGGGGAUUGCUGGAUGGCAAAGACUCGGUGGGACGAAGGGCCUGUUUCCCUACAUCUCUAAAGUAAAGUCUAAACUGGAUAGAACAGUAGGUAGACAGAAUGAUCAAGAUCAAGCUGUCUGUGAUGGCUCAAACCAUGAAAUAACCACUUGAUUCUAUCUAUUGCAAUUUUACACAAGAGUCACCACCGUCAGAAGAUUUGGGGGGCAAGUAGAUAGAAAACCUGUAGAGCACAAAAAGUCAACAGACUUGUGCUCAUCUUCUCUGAGCUGAACUGGUUAUAGUACAGGUGUGAUUGGGUUAUGUGAACACUUCUGCUGGUUCCCACUCUUGGAAAAUUGCUUGGAGCUAAACAGAAAGUGGACUUCACCUAUUAAUGUUUCGACAACACAUGAGACAAUUCAGUUGCUUCCUUUCGAUGUUUCUCGCGGAGAACUAUGACUAAAAGCUUACUUUCACUGAGCUCUGGAUAUUUUGUAUUAUCCAUUUAAUCCCGCUGUGAUGCAAAAUGGUGAGAGAAUGUGGUGUACAUUGGAUUGGAAGGGGGAGACAAUGGGGGAAGCUUUGCGUUUCUUUGCAUUUCUCUAGAAGCAGCUUGAAUCCUGCUGUUUGUGUAAUGCGGAAAUCUGCCGAGCAUCUAAUUUAGAAGCCUCUGAAAUUAAAGCUGGAAUCUUACAAUUUGCUUGGCUAAGACCGACUGUUUGUAAAUGCCCAAAUAAAUUUCUGUAUGUAUUUUUUAACCA